GAACAAAGCAGAGGCAUUUUAUUUGAUCGAAAGAAAAGAACGUGCUGGCACAAAGGGGCGCGUCAGUUAGUCUGAGCUGUGCAAGUUCUGCGUGCCUUUGGAACUAUCGAACUAAAAAAUGGUGCUCGACGCGCAUCAAACCAGCGCUGUCCAUAAGGACAACUGGAAGCCGAAAAAGCCGAUGCUCGUAUUUGAUGGCGAAGCUACCACCUGGAAUGCCUAUGCGACUUGUUGGAUCAUCUUUUGCCUGAUCGGAGGGGCCCGCAAGGUACUUCCUGCAUUGUAUAGUGCAUAUUUCCUUGUCUAGACUGGCUUUUUGAUGGUUAUCAUGGUGACUGAAAAGAAAAAUCCGGGAAGCAAUUGGGAGACUCGUAGUUGUUUUGUUUGGUGUGUUAAAGAAACGCGACCAGAUAUUUCCUAUAUCGACGCCUUUUUUCUGUCAAUUCAUACAGCAUCCGGAGUUGAUGGGCGAGCUUGUAUCUAGCGUGACGGCGUGUUGUGCGCUUAUGUUCAUUUUCAAAGAGACCUUUGACCCGCUGAAAACUCAGAAAGGAGGAGACAUCAAAGUGGCGGCUGAGGCUCUCGGAUCUGCUGCCCCGACGUCCGAAGUGUGCGGCCAGAAGCUCUAUGAGGUAUUUAUGAUACACUUUUCUGUUUGGAGCGAAUGUCUAUACCAGGAAACUUAUCAAUCAAUCAAGAAUAUUGCACUGAGAUACGAAACAGUGACCCAAACAAUAAAAUCCUAUACCAAAACUUUCUCCCUAAUCUCCUUCACAGUUUGGCGAGCAGUUCAAGAAGCACAAGCUGAAUCCAGACACUAUUCGCUACAAAAGCAAUCUAUUGAAUGUCUUCGGGUUUGACGAGAAGCAGGCGAAGUGGUUUAUCGAGGGAGCGCGUAUUUAUCCUCGCUUCUAGUUGGUUUCUUAGUAGAGUUAACAACUGGUGGAGACGUGGGUGCUCCUCUCCGAAGGCGUAGACUUUCUGUCUGAUAGUCUUUUUGUGGUGAUGUAGAGAACCCUCGUUCUGAUAGUGGUCUCACUUAUUUCUGAUAAAGCGGAAAUCCAUACCACCACAGGCGCGGCCCUCGAAAUGGAGAAAAAGGCGGAGCAACUGCGUGAGAAGGAAUUGCGUGCUGUGCGUCGUGCUGAUGAGGCGGCUGCCGUGCAUAUCAGCAAGAAGAGAACCAAGCGUCGCGCCCGCGCAUGGAGCAAACAUGUCAUCAAGUGUAUCGAAAAGAACCCAGAUGCGAAGAUAACCCAGGACGAGUUUGAGUGGUCUUCUGCUGAUUCCAGUUCGUCUGAAGUCGAAGAGUGGAGGCAUUAUAUGUUUGAUUUCGAUAGUUUUCUUUGGCAAUUGACUAACCUAGGAUUGAAGUUUUUCUUUAGAUAGGUCAUACUGUUGUCUGAGAAGUAUCUCUUUUAUAGUUUGUUUUCUUGAAGGUGGAGGAAGGAUUUGUUUCCGUUUCCUACUUUUUUCAGCCCCCGCCUCGCGAAAAAGUGGCUGGAGGUGCGCGGUAUCGCGCGUCCAAGCCAACAGAAGAAGAACAAGAACGCUGGCGCCUCGUCCUCGUCUACGUCUGGCGCUACGUCUUCCACAACGACAGUGACGGGCGGCGCCGCGCUCGGUGGAUAUGCCACGACAUCCCCAAAAGCAGCGGGCAUUGCGCCCCCGCAAGCCGCGUAAGUAAUUUAUUUGAGACAUUAGUCCUGAGCCUGACACGAUGUGAUACACUUAGGCUUUCGAUUCGAGACACUUACUUCAUACAGCCAGAAUGGUGAGAGGAGUCUGACAGCGUAGUAGUGACGUUCUAUAUCUGUACCUGGUAGUGGCAUUGUUUUACCCGAACCCGUCGGGUGUAUCAAUCUUUCUCCUAAUCUCUUCUUUGCGUAGGUAAGUGUGUCUUUCGGAAUAACAGAAGUUGGAGGUGGUAACUUGCGAAAUUGCUCGUGGAGGAGGAAAAAUAUGAAGAGUUUUCUUGUUGCUAGUGGAGGAGGAGGGCCUCUGGGUCAAUCGUGACAGACGAAGAAGGGAGAGGCAGGGAUGGGGACGCAUAGUUUAUGACUGGGAUUAAUGCGCCGUAGUGCCAAUUCAUGUAAAUCGUAGGAAGUACUAGAAUGCUUGCGGAUAGAUUACCGACGUGAUGUCACCUCGUGCAAGCUAGUUGCAGGCUCUCUACAGUGUGAUAGUAGUAGGCGACAGCGGUUUCGAGUAGUGCUUUAUGUCUUUUCGCCGCAGUUCUUUCAUCUAUCUUGUCGUGAAUCAGAUUAGCUUCAUUCGCUUGAUAUUUGACCAGAACGAACUAAGACACCUAGCAAAAGACUGCACAAAUUCAAGCAGCGCCGCCCGCUGCAUCCACAUAGCAGGCAUGGGCAACGAAUUCGAGUUAUUUUUCUUUUACAAUUUACAACAUUAUGAUAGUUAGAAGAUCUCAAAGUAACGAAGUAUGUAUUAAUGCUAGAACUGUUGCGCGACUGAUGGACUGCAUUUCGAAUAGAAGUCUUCGUUUCGUUCUUACAAUAACACAAUUGAGCUUGUUCUUGUUAUCCUUUCGAUAAUGCUUUGCCUUGUUCUUGAGUUAUCCCGUGUUAGAGUCGACUAUUGCUGUUACGGGUCACGCGCUGACCUGAGUGAGGAAAAUAGACGGCAGCCAGAUCCUACCUGUGACUUCAUUCAUUAGCUCACCAUAAAUCUGAGAUGGGACGUAGACUCUUCAAGGGAGAUGUAAGGGACUGAAUAAGGCGCAGAACAAAUGCAGACAGUUUCACUAUUUUAUACUUCAGAGAACUUCACACAUCUGACACAACUGACGUGCUCGCUAAUAUUUAUACUAGAGCUCUUCAAGUAUGAGAAGGAAGUAUGUGGUGCUUCAUGGCAUUUGGUGACAGGAAUUCGCGAGUAUCUUUCGGGUAUUCUUCAGAACCUGACCUAUACGCCCUAGCUUUCAGAGACUCUAACUAGGUUCCUUCAGCAGAACCUAGUGCGAUUCUGUGCCUCAAGUCAUUGCGAGAGAAGAGCUUCACUUGUCUACAUAUCCAAGCCCAAGCGACAAUAUGCGCAAGCUCAGAGACGCUCGAAGAUAUGUAGUGACGUUAGGCUGGACUGAGUUUCGCAGAGCUUGGCGUACUGGCAUUUGCGUUGCAAUUCUUCCGUAGAAGUCGCGCAUCAGGAUUGUAUGAAGACGGGAGAUCAUCUACAAUCAUCGACGCGGGGCCCCAUCUCUGCUCGUUGAAAAAACCUUAUCAGUUAUUUGCUAUAAAAUGAAAACGCAGACUUUACGCCUACCAAUGCAGGAAGACUUUGGGAGAGGCCGC